AUGGCGAUAUGGCCGUUUGGUCGGAAAAGUAAGCGGCAUACCAUCCAGUUGGAUGCCGGUGCUGUCGAAGAUGCCCACUUGGCGCAGGAACAACGUCAUAGUUUGGAUAACACCAAGCUGGGAAGGAAACCUUCACGCAAGCAGUCGAAGCGACAAAAGAACCGACACUCUAACCCCGCCGGCGACCUCUCCACCUCCCUGAGCGAGGCUUCGCCCCCUUCUCAGCCUACUCGCCUCCUUCCACCUACGUCAGACAACGAACAGGUUGGCCCGAUGAGAGAGGCACGGGAUCAGCCCUCCCGGAUAGGCUCCCGUCGCGAUGGCCACGCCUCUCGUUCGACCAUCGGUCAGGACCACACCCCCUCGAUCGCGAGAAAUGCUUCGCUGCUGUUGAAGUCGAAACGUAACGACAAUGGUCCCGCGGUCCUGAAGAAAAAGUUGAGCAAGCGGAAGGCCUACGAGAUCGCCCGAGAGCGAGAAAUCCGUCUGAUGGCUUCCUCUCCGAUUGACAUUCCGCACCGUUCCACUCAACCCGGAGACAACCUCUCCGUCGAUACCCGUCGACCUCCGAGAACUCACAGUCGACGCUCUGAUCGACAUCAAUCCGAUCUCAGUCUUUCCCUGCGUGACUCUACAUCCUCACUCUCCGAUUUCGCGGACUCCUAUACGUUUAAAGUGAACGGGUUCAGUGCUUGGACCCCCCGUCCCGUCAUCCGAUAUGUCGAAGCCCCUCGACUGCAGACCGCCAAGAGCCAAAAAACAUCCGAGGGGUCGACUCGGAAGGAAAAGACACCGGCUGUCUCGGUUUCGGAGGAGACCGGCUAUUCGAAGAAAAGAGUCGAUAGGCUCGCCGAUGACCUGGAUGCGGGCGCCCUGAGGGAGCUGCUGGAAAGAGAUCGUCGUCGAAAAGAGAGAAAGCAGAUCGAAGACCAGGAGAAACUUCAGCGUAGACUCCAACGGACCGCUGAGCGGCAGAGAUUGGAAGCCGAGCGUGAGUCUGCAUCUCGUGUCCAGCAGGACGAAAAAGAGGACAGUGCUCAGGUUCAGCGAGGCCGGCCAGGUGCCGAGGACCAAGCUGAAGCCGACCGUGCGGGCGACGAUGCUGCGUCCAAAGCCAACGAGAUGGCCGUCGUCCGGUCCGGCGACCCUGCCGGCUCCUGGUUGCGAGAUGCUUCCAAGGAAGCCCACCGACAUGUCCGCGCCUCUACCGAAAGUGUUAAUGUUAUCGGCAACAUCGACGACAGCUCUAUCCGGGAACCGAAGCUGGGCAUGCGCCGUAGCUUUGCCCCGUCUCAGGAAAUGGGCAUGUCGCGAAGUACCCUGCACAGUCCCUCCUCAUCCCAGGUUGGAAUGGGCCGGGAAUCCACCUCAGAUUUAUCACGCACUGUCGACUCGGAGCGACGUCUGUCCGACAACGGCAGUGGACGGAUGAAUACGAUAUCGUCGAUCUUCCGGCGAGGCAGCUCACGUCUCAAGCGGAGAUACCGUGAGCGAUUCCACGAUCGGGGAUCCGAAAUUUCCAACAAUACCUCCCAUGAAUCCUUUUUCAAGGUGUCCACCCAGUCAUCUGGACCGCCACCUUACGUCCCUCCCAAAACAUUCCUACAUUCGGGUACCAUCAAGCGCUCUCAGUCCAAGUUUACCGAACACUUUGGAGAUGAGCCACUUUCGCCUCCUGACUCACGUCUUCAGUCACCGGACAUUCCCGAAGAACCACUCGAAGUCGAAAAUGACCAGUCCACUGCCCACAUCGGUUCGCAAUACCCAAUUCCGGGCUCCGACGUGGACCUACCGGAUGCCAACGGAAACCACCACAAUUCCUGGACCGGCGAGAGCAUGGAAGGCGACGCGGAAAACGUACCCUUGUCCCAGUCGCUGGCAUCGAUUGAUUCCGAAGGGUCUUGGAUGUCUGGUCAAUUCUUACGCCGUAUCUCCCAAAGAACCAACAACCCUGUCCGUCCCAGUCUGAGUUCAUCCCGAAGAAGAUUGGACGAAGGCAACGAAGAACCCCCGAAACAAGACGAGGUUGCCACCAACGGUGACGAAUUGGUCAAGUUCAGCACCAACAACGAUGAGACAUUCCGAGCCAGUCACGCUGUCAGCGAACACGACCAUGAUUUCGACAUGGCUCAAGCACCGGCACCGGCAGAGGAGAAUUGGCACGACCAUGUUGCGAGGCGGCCGGUUCUCGUCACUCCAGCCAUCCGACCGAAAUCGAACGAAGGGAUUCUCAACUCCGUCAUUGCGGACGAGGAGUUUAGUCCUAUCGAGGAGCACUCUGCCGAGUAUCAUUUCGCUAAAGAUGACGGCUAUGACAGUGGCCAUGGCCAUUAA